AUGGCAAAGAACCAAUGGACAAAGAUACUACGACGUCAGGAUGGUUCGGUAGAUUUCAAUCGUAAUUGGAUGGAUUACAAACUUGGUUUCGGUAAUCCGGAUGCCGAUUUCUUUAUUGGCCUUGAAAUGCUGCAUCGUCUAACCAGCAACGGCAAACCCAAGGAACUCUUGGUCGUAUUGGUGGACUAUGAAAAUGAAACUCGAUUUGCCCGCUAUGACAAAUUUCGUAUUGGUUCGGAAUCUGAAAAAUAUGCCAUUACCGAAUUGGGUACAUAUAGUGGUGAUGCUGGCGACGGUAUGGGCUGGCAUAGAGGUAGAAAGUUUACUACCUUCGAUCAGGAUAAUAAUGCGGGUAAUAUCAGGGAUUGCCCACAAUAUUUUAAAGGUGGUUGGUGGUUCCAUGACCCCUGCUAUAGUGGAUUAGAUACUCUGGAAGGUGAUUUGAAAAAAUCCUGUCAAAACUCACAAAAAUGGACAACCAUACAGAGACGUCAGGAUGACUCGGUACAUUUUAAUCGUUCGUGGAAUGAGUAUGACAAUGGUUUUGGUAAUCCUGAUGGCAACUACUUUAUGGGUCUUCAGCGUAUCUAUGAACUGACCAAUUUCGGUGGACCACAAGAAUUGUUAAUUAUAUUAAAAGAUUUUAAUGGCGUAACACGUUAUGCCAAAUAUGAACGUUUUCGUAUUGGCAGUGAGGAGGAGAAAUAUGCCCUGCUCGAUGUGGGUGGUUAUAGCGGUGAUGCUGGCAAUAGUUUCGAAAUACACAAAGGAAACGCGUUUAGCACCUAUGAUAGGGAUAAUGAUAAUAGUCCGGAUAGAAAUAAUGCCGUCAUUUUUCAGGGUGGCUGGUGGUUCUUCGGUUUAGGUUAUCAUGGCUACUUAAAUGGUCCAUAUCGCCAAGAGAGCGAAUCAAAUAAUUGGGGAAUAAGUUGGCAUGAUUUUCGUAUGUGGAAUAGAUCCUUGAAAUAUGCUCAAAUGAUGAUUCGUACAAAAUGUUAA